AUGCUUCCAUCAUCACUUGUGCGCGUCGUGUUACUUGUGAGCAUCUGGCCCUGGCUGACCUUUGGCAACGGCAACGAGGAUUGUUUUCGUGGGCAGCCCGGGCUCAGCUAUGAGACAUGCUGCCAGGAGAAGUCACAGGAACAGCUUUGCUGGGGUGUCGAUGCGGAAUUCGUUGGCGAGUAUUGCUGUGGGCACGAUGUUCGUCCAGAAGCAGAGCUGUGGAAUCUAGUUGGCCAUGUCAUUGUGGAGGUUCUGUCUGCCGUGGAUUGCGAGUUGGAAGCCUGGCAGGACGGAACAUCUGACAAGUGUGAACAUGCUUUAUUGAACAGGUUAGUUCAGCUGGACAUUGUUGACAAUAACUGGGUCCACAAAGAGUGGUUGCCCUCCAUGCAUCGCAGGGGCGGCAGAACUUCUGUCGAAAGGCUGCACUUUGCCAUGCUCUUGUGCCAGACAUUUCUACAUUCGCGAACUACAUCAAUGGUGCAAGCAUUUGAAGGGGAUUUUCUGACUUCAUUUCGAGUCUCGCAUGCGGCAGGAGCUGACGAGCUUCGUCGAAUUUCAUUGCAUGCAACAGGAAGAAGUUGGGCCAGGCAGCUGGCCGUUCUCAGGAGUGCGCCACGCGACCUGGGCGUCGUUCACCUUGCAAUGGUUGCAUCUGUUGGCGAGCCGGUGUUUGCCUUCAAAGCCAUGGCUACAAUCCGGUCUGCCCUGUUUUUCGCUCGAAGCAGGAGGUUGCACUUCCACCUCUUUGUAGAUGCUGCAGGAGAGCGUGCCAUGCGCUACUGCCUGGACGAGCUGCGGCAGCGGGAGCCAAUUUUGGCAUCUCGUGCUGCAGCGUUUGAGCUGCAUGGAGAAGAUGUGCUGCGCCAUCUCUUCAAGCUCCUUCGAGAAAAUGUUGUGCCGGGAUGUCUGGGGUUUACAAAGCUUUAUGGCGAUUCAGGCUGGAUUCGGCUUUUUGCUCAUGAGCUCCUUGCAAAUCGUCCCGAGGUGGACUUGCUAGUAUUUAUAGACGCUGGGGACUACAUAUUUCUGGAAGAUGUAUCGCGGAUCCUGAUGCAACGACGGCAUUUCCGAGCAUCACAGGUUGCAGCCACUACACGAGGCGCGCACCAGCUUUUGCAGCUUCUGGAUUUGCCGCGCAUGAGACGCCACGACUUCACGAAGAUCGUUUCCAAGACGAACCGGGAAGGCUUCGAGUCGGCUCCUUCAACCUUUUGUGAAAUUGGGGAGGGCUACACCACCGACAGGCUUGCUAUGAACGCAACGCUGUGGCGUGUCAUGGAGGAGCCUUGGGCUGUUGAACCGAAGGAGCACGGAGGUGUACAACUUCGAGGUGGGGGUGUCAGCAACUUCUGGAAUGAGGAACUUGAUGGUGCCAUCUGGCGUGAUCGGGUCUAUCCAGGGCUCUUUGAUGACUGGACGGUCUUGAGAGUUUAUUGCCCACUCUUUUUGGAAAGUUUUUUUGCAACGACCUUCCAAGGGAAACUGCCGCCAAGUAGCGCACAGUACAAAUUUUUGGGAUGGAUGGUGAGCUGGUAUCAUCGCGGAAGCAUCGGAAACUGGACACUCGAGGAGUCAGGCUUCUUCAGCGAAAAUUUUGGCCAUCGUCGUUGCAAUGAGAAGGCUUGGGGUGUACAUUUCACUGCAGGCUUGAAAAGUGUCCCGUGGGCCAGAGACUUCCUGAAUUUCUGGUCGGGUGCUACAAAGCUGGGUCGUGGCGAGGCCCUCGCAUGGGGCACAGAUAACCAGGACUGGACGAAGCGCUCGCUGGCUUCGGCCACGACUUUUUCCGAGCUGAGCGGAUGA